AUGUGGUUGAUAUCAUACUGGCUGUUUCCGGUGAUAGCAGCCGGGAUGUGGCUUGCCACAAUUUUAACUCUCCUAAUUGUGUGGUCAGCGGACGGAUACCCCAGGUAUGCGAGUAUGGAGCCGAAUCAAAAGAUCGCCUAUAUCUCUGAUGUUGCCGCCCAGGGGCUGAAGCCGCUAUUCAUAACCGGGUGUGCAAUCACUGGUGUAUUCUUCGACCUCGGCUUCGUAUCAGAGCGUUGGCUACGACACAAUGGACGGCUGUUACGAAAUAAAGGAAGACUAGACAAAUGGAUGUCGAUCCUCGCCAUUGUCUUCUCAAUUUGUGGAGCAGUGGGACUGAUUCUCCUUUCAAUCUUUGACACAUUACGAUACAAUCACCAACAUAACGGCUUCCUCGUCUUAUUCAUCUUCUGGGUUAAGCUUACGUUCAUCAUCGUUGAAUUGGCCCUCGCCAUUGCGUUUGGUGUCACAGGCCGGGGCAGAGGCAGGAAAGACCAAGCAGCCGUUAUUGAAUGGGUCAUUGCGUUUAUCUUUACAUUCUACGUGCUCUCCUUUGUUAUCGACCUUCUGCCGUCGAUCCGUACGCGAUGGCACGUUCCCCAGGGCCAUCGCAUUCCAGAAAUGACAUCGGUGUCUUACCCUGCGACCCAAGAAGGCCAACCAGAGGUAUCCUACGAACAGCCGCUCACCACUGAUUCCAUGGGCGACAUGGCAAAUCGAUAUAGGGGACCAGUUGUCACAAGUGGCGCUCCGGCAGACUGGGCGGGUACGAAUGGCUACAGCAUGGACGCCCAAGGGGAUGGCCCUUACUACCAGGAAAGGUCCAAGGAGCAGAGACCCGUGGAUUUUUAG